AUGUUAGCAAUGAAAAAGCUUCUCUCACAAGCUUCGAAUUUUGGCCAUAUCAUUAAGAGAAACAUGCAGAUUGAAUCAAUCCCGAUGAGAUGGGGGUCUGGUGACAACUACGCCUACUUGCUUAUUGAUUCGCCAACCAAAAAUGCAUGGUUAAUUGAUCCAGCUCAACCUAAUGAGGUAAUGGACUACAUAAAACAAAGGAAACCUCAAUACGAACUUAAGGCAAUAGUGAAUACUCAUCAUCACUAUGAUCAUUCUGACGGCAACAAAAAAUUCCAUUCCAAAUUUCCCGAUUUACCUAUUGUUGCUGGUAAGGAUUCGCCGUUAGUUACAUAUACGCCAUCACAUGAAGAGGUCAUUGACUUGGGCGAUAACAUUUCAAUUACUGCGUUGCACACACCAUGCCACACUCAAGAUUCAAUUUGCUAUUAUGCGAAGGACUCGAAAACAGGUGAAAAAGCUGUUUUCACGGGAGACACGUUAUUUAUAAGCGGGUGCGGAAGGUUUUUUGAAGGGACUGGUCUGGAAAUGGACAAAGCGUUGAACUCGAUCCUUGCUAAACUCCCGAAGGAUACUCAUGUUUACCCGGGUCAUGAAUAUACUAGAUCUAAUGUGAAAUUCUCUAAAACUGUACUCAAUAAUGAGGCAAUUAAGAGAUUGGAAAAGUUUGCUAACAAUAACGAGUUUACAACUGGAAAAUUUACGAUAGGUGAUGAGCUUGAGUUUAAUCCGUUUAUGCGAUUAGAUGAUCCGCUAAUUCAAAAGGCUACGGGCCGUGUUAAAGGUGGCGAGGUCAUGACAAAGCUAAGAGAAAUGAAAAACAAAUUAUGA